AUCCCCAUUCACUAAAUAAAUAAAUCUUCAUUUUUUUUUUAUUUGUCUUUUUUAAUAAUAAUAAUAAUAAUAAUAAUAAUAAUAAUAAUUCCCUUCUCCCACCUUAUGGCCACCAACGCUUUCAACUCUAUAUGCCACCACCACCACCACUCUCUCCGGCGACGCCACUCCCUAGACUGCCAUCCCACCACCACCACCACCACAAACCCUUUCUUCCUCCGACCAACCACAACCACAACCCUCGCCGCCGUAAAUUCCCUCACCAACUCCACCGCCGCCUUCGCCGCCGUGUCCUCCGCCGGAACCGCCACAACAAACCCCAGCACAAACCAGAACGUGUCCUUCGACCUCCUGGAGCAGCAUUUAUCAACAAAGAACUACCGGGAGGCGGACGACGAGACGCGCCGCCUCCUGAUAGUCCUCGCCGGAGAAUCCGCGGAGACCCGGGGGUACGUCUUCUUCUCGGAGGUACAGUUCAUCUCGGAACAAGACCUGAAAACCAUAGACGCGCUCUGGAGAAAGUACAGCAACGAGAAAUUCGGGUACAGUGUACAGAAAAAGAUAUGGAAGAAAUCAAACAGAGACUUCACAAAAUUCUUCAUAAAAGUGGGGUGGAUGAAGCUGCUGGAAAGCUCGGAAGUAGUGCAGUAUAACUACAGAGCUUUUCCGGGGGAGUUCAUGUGGGAGAUGGAAGAAGGCACGCCGGAGGGACACCUGCCGUUGACCAAUGCUCUCAGAGGAACGCAGCUUCUCACUAAAAUUCUGGAGCACCCAGCUUUUGGUGAAGAUGGUGAUGGAGAAGAUGAAGAUGACGAUGUAGAGAGAGAAAGUAGUAUUAAUGGCAUUAAACCGUUGAGCAAAAACUUUAAAACCACCUACACUUUCUGAGUAAGCUCUAAUUUAUUUUUUAUUAUUAAAAAAACAUAAAUCUUGUCAACAUUAUUAUUAAAUAUAAGAUUUUUUCUUGGUGAAUGAAUGUUUGAUCAAUUGAUUGUAUUUUUCAAUUUAUUUUGUUGUUAUUUCAAGUAUGUAUAUUGUUAUUAUAUACAUUAGAACUUCGAUAAAUUAAUAAUCUCGCUUAAAUAUAUAAUAGUUUUUUCCUGGUCCUGA